CAGAAAAAAUCUUUGCACAAAACGCAGCAAAUUUCCUCAGCGGCUGCAGAACUCUCAGUGAAGCCAAAACACCCAAAAACCUUAUCACAACUCACAAUCCCUCUCUCCAUCUCUCUCCCUAUCCCUCUCCUUAUCCAUAAACCCUGAACUUCUCAAAACCCUUUUCUCUCCGAAUUUCCCAAUUCAAAUUUGUUGUUUGUUUCAGCGAUGGAGUCGAAGGAGGCGGCGUUGAAUCCCACGGCCGAAGUUACACCAGGUUCAAACGCUUCUUCUCCAUCUCCUCCGAUUAAUAGUGAUGUUUUAUUGAGUAAAACAAUUGCUUCGAACGAAAAUAAUGACGAUAAAAGUAGGGAUGAUAGUAAGGCUGUGGUGUCUGAGGAUGAGGGCUACGUGAGUGGUAAUGAGGAGUUCGAGGCUGCGGUGGAUAAGCCCGUAUCGGAUGAAAUUGAGGGCUCUGGUGUUCCGGAGGUGGCUGAGAAUGGCGGUGGUGACGUCCAGGAAGGGGAUAAGGUUGUUGAAGGGGAUGGGGAUGUGGUGGGGAAGGGUUUGGGGGGUGGUGUAGAUGCAGAUGGCGGUGGUAGGGAGGGUGGGGUUGAGGGUAUUGAUGGGAAGGGUGAGUUUGUUGAUUCGGUUGAGGAAUUGGGCGUGAAUUCCGAUGGGGGUGGUGGUGAAGGGGGGAAGGCGGUGGUUGAGGGAGCUGAGGUGGAAGGGAAGGAGGCGGAGGUGGAGGGGGGAAGGGUGAGUGAGCCUGAGGCUAAAGCAGGUUUUGAGGCGGCUGUUGAGCAGGUAGAAUUGGAAUCCAUGCCUGAAGGGGAUUCUGUAGUUGAGACUAUUCAGGUUGAUGUUGCUGGCCCUGGAGUUGCUGUUGUUGGGGAGCCGGAAGGAAAUAAAGAUGUGUUGAGUAAACCUGAGGAGGAGGUGGUUGCUGAAGUGGAUGCGGUUGAAUCAGAAAAAUCGGAGGUGGUUGGGGAUGAUUCUGUAGUUGAUGAGAGUAAGGUUGAUGUGCUUUCCUCAGGGGUAUCUGUUGGGAUGAUAAAGGAAAAUGGAGCCGACUCUAAUGAACUAGAGCAAGAAGAGGUUGCUGAAGUGGCACUCAUGCCCGAGGGGGAUGUUGUUGUUGGAGGGGCGAAAGAAAAUGGAGGCGGAAAGGUUAUAGAAGAGGAAUUUCCACUUGAAUCAGUUGGUAGUACUACUGAAAAUGGUGAUGAUGUCGAGAAAGAUGUCAGUACUAGGGAAAUUGGAGUGGAUCUCCAAAAUUCUGAACCUGCAGCCGAGGAUACAGAUGAUGCCUCCGCAUCAAAUUCCCUCCAACCUGAAAGUCAUGCAGUUGGGAAUGAAAAGGAUGAGAUUUUAGAUGCUGGAGCUGUUGCCCAUUUGGAGAAUGGAUUUCAGGCGUCCAAGGCCAGUAAUGAUUUUUUCAGUAGCAGUGGUCCUCUGGAGAAUGGCAAUUCAGCCAAGGUUCACAAUGAUGCAGAUGAGAUGGUAGAGUCAGAUGCCGGAACUGUUCAAAUCAAUGAUGAUCAAACUGGUGUUGAUGCACAGAAGAAUGGAUUAGCUGAUGUGAUAUCUGAGGAAUCAACACAAGUAGAAUCUGAUGAACCAAAAGCAGUAACCAAUGAUCUCCGAGAAAUUAGAGAAGUAGAAAUGGAUGAAGUAAAUCCUGAAGAAUCUAUGUCAGAUGAGGAGACUGAUGGCAUGAUCUUUGGGAGCUCGGAAGCUGCCAAAAAGUUUAUUGAGGACUUGGAACGAGAAUCUGGUGGGGAUUCUCAUGCAGGUCUCGACAGUUCGCUCGAGCAGUCUCAGAGGAUUGAUGGUCAAAUUGUGACUGAUUCAGAGGAAGAGGGCGAAACUGAUGAUGAGGGAGAUGGUAAGGAAUUGUUUGAUUCUGCUGCUCUGGCUGCUCUCUUGAAGGCUGCAACUGGUGCUGAUUCUGGUGGUGGCAAUAUCACUUUCACCUCUCAAGAUGGAUCUAGGCUUUUCUCUAUGGAGCGUCCUGCUGGUUUGGGACCUUCCCUUCAGUCCUUGAGGCCUGCUCCCCGACCAAACCGCUCCAGCCUCUUUGGCACUCUGGCUCCUUCUGGUGGGGGAGAAUCGGAGGAGAAUUUGAGUGAAGAGGAGAAGAAGAAACUGGAGAAGUUGCAGGAGAUCAGAGUGAAGUUUCUAAGGCUCGUUCAUAGAUUAGGCCUCACUCCAGAGGAGUCUGUGGCAGCUCAGGUUUUAUACCGGCUGGCGCUUCUUGGUGGGAGGCAAGGCACUCAAACUUUUAGCUUGGAUGCUGCCAAGAGGACUGCUUUGCAGCUUGAAGCGGGGGAGAAGGAUGAUCUGGAAUUCUCCAUUAACAUCUUGGUUCUUGGAAAAUCUGGAGUGGGGAAAAGUGCCACCAUAAAUUCAUUAUUUGGAGAAGAGAAGGCUCCGAUUGAUGCAUUUGAAACCGGGACAGCUUAUGCUAGAGAGAUCUCCGGGUCUGUUGAUGGGGUCAAAGUUCGCGUUGUGGACACACCUGGUCUAAAAUCUUCCGUCAUGGAGCAGGGUUUCAAUCGUAGCACCUUGUCUUCUGUAAAGAAGUUCACGAAGAAAAGCUCCCCCGAUGUUGUUCUUUAUGUGGAUCGAUUGGAUGCACAAUCCAGAGAUCUCAAUGAUUUACCACUCCUGAAGACUGUUACUGGCACACUUGGCUCUUCCAUUUGGCGAAGCGCCAUAGUCACCCUUACUCACGCUGCAUCCGCGCCCCCGGAUGGGCCUUCUGGCGCCCCACUGAGCUACGAGGUGUUUGUCUCUCAAAGGUCUCAUGUUGUGCAGCAGUCGAUUGGCCAUGCUGUCGGAGAUCUACGAAUGAUGAGCCCCAGUCUGAUGAAUCCUGUCUCUCUUGUCGAAAACCACCCCUCAUGCCGGAAGAACAGGGAAGGACACAACAUUCUGCCUAAUGGUCAGAGUUGGAGACCUCAGUUGCUGCUACUAUGCUACUCGAUGAAGAUUUUGUCAGAAGCGAGUGCAAUCUCGAAACCCCAAGACCCGUUCGACCAUAGGAAGCUCUUUGGCUUCCGAUCACGCCCACCGCCUCUUCCUUACAUGUUAUCAUCCAUGCUGCAGUCUCGUCAGCACCCCAAGCUACCGUCUGAUCAGGGUGGCGACAGUGUCGAUUCUGAUAUUGAUUUGGAUGAUUUUUCGGAUUCUGAUCAGGAAGAGGAGGACGAGUACGAUCAGCUUCCUCCAUUCCGGCCUCUCAGAAAAGCUCAGAUAGCCAAGCUCAGCAGAGAACAAAAGAAGGCAUAUUUUGAAGAGUUUGAUUACCGAGUGAAGCUACUCCAGAAGAAGCAAUGGAGGGAGGAGUUGAAGAGAAUGAGAGAAAUUAAGAAGAGAGGCAAGGAUGCUGUAGUAGAUUAUGGAUUUGCAGAGGAUGAUGCUGAAGGUGGAGCUGCAGCUCCGGUGGCAGUUCCCCUACCCGACAUGGCUCUACCCCCGUCUUUCGAUGGUGAUAAUCCUGCAUUCCGAUACCGGUUCUUGGAGCCCACUUCGCAGUUUCUUGCAAGGCCAGUCUUGGACAGCCAUGGUUGGGACCAUGACUGUGGCUACGACGGUGUCAACCUUGAACACAGCCUAGCUAUCGCUAACCGCUUUGCAGCAGCGUACACAGUCCAAAUAACUAAAGACAAGAAGGACUUCAGCAUCAGCCUCGACUCCUCGGUUUCAGCUAAGCAAGGAGACAACAUGUCGAGCAUGGCGGGCUUCGAUAUCCAGAGCAUAGGCAAGCAGCUUGCUUACAUUGUCCGAGCUGAGACCAAAAUCAAGAAUCUGAGGAAGAACAAAGCAACCGGUGGAUUGUCCUUCACAUUCCUAGGUGAAAACAUCGUCCCGGGUGUGAAGAUCGAAGACCAGAUCACGUUGGGGCAGCAGUACGCCCUCGUGGGCAGUGCGGGCGCUGUGCGGUCUCAGCACGACACUGCCUACGGAGCCAACUUCGAGCUGCAGAGGAGGGAGCUCGACUACCCGAUAGGGCAGGUUCAGUCCACGCUCAGCAUGUCAAUAAUCAAAUGGAGAGGGGACUUGGCGCUAGGGUUCAACAGCCUCGCGCAGUUCGCUAUCGGCCGUAACUCCAAGGUUGCUGUUCGUGCUGGAAUCAACAACAAGCUUAGUGGUCAGAUCACGGUGAGGACCAGCAGCUCCGAACAUCUCUCCCUCGCGCUUGCUGCUGUUAUUCCGGCCGCGCUUUCCAUCUACAAGAAACUCUAUCCGGCAGCCGCCGCCGACAAGUAUUCCAUCUAUUAGUUUUUCCCCAUUUGAUUUUUUUCCUGCAUUUUGUUUUCUUCACUUCACAAGGAGCAGACGAUGAUAUAGCCUUUUCAUUUUUGGCUGCUUUUUUAAUAAGUAAUAUUUUUGCUGUUUCA